AUGAUUAUCUACAAGGACAUUAUCUCCGGAGAUGAGAUCAUCUCUGAUACCUUCAACCUCAAGGAGGAAGGUCCCGUCCUCUGGACUGCCGACUGCCGCAAAUACUUGAAGGGCUCUGAGAGCUUCCAGCUUGAGGGUGCCAACCCUUCCGCUGAGGGUGGUGAUGAGGAUGAGGGUGGUGAGGGUGCUCAGACCAUGGUCCACGACAUCGAGGACCAGUUCCGUCUUGUCUGGCUGAAGACCGACGAGGGAAUGAAGCCUUCCAAGGAAGCCUACAAGUCCCACUUGAAGACCUACGUCAAGGCCGUCAACAACAAGCUCAAGGAGAAGGGUGCCUCCGAGGAGACCAUCAAGGAAUUCCAAUCCGGUGCUGCUGCCGCUGUUAAGAAGAUCCUUGGCAACUACGACAACUACGAUGUCCUCAUGGGUCAAUCUAUGGAUGGCAAUGCCAUGCACGUCCUUAUUGACUUCCGUGACGAUGGUGUUACCCCCUUUGCCACCGUCUGGAAGCACGGUCUUGAGGAGAUGAAGGUUUAA